AUGGAGAACCAUAGAGUACAAUUCCUUGCUUUGUUUGCUUUGUUGGGUUUGGGGUUAGCUUCGGCCGCCAGAACUCUUAUUGCUUAUGAUGGCGAUGUCCGCGUUCCUGUGUUAGGGCAUACUUCUGUUGGAUAUGGUGGUGGAGAAGGAGGUGGUAGUGGAUAUGGACUUAGCCUUGGAUAUGGCGGUGGUGGCGGAGGAGGACAUGGAGGUGGAGGUGGUUCUACAAAUGGUGGUGGAUAUGGAAAUGGUGGAGGUGAAGGAAGUGGCUCCGGAUAUGGAGGUGGAGAAGAACGUGGUUAUGGAAAUGGUGGUGGUGGAGGAGGAGGAGGAGGAAGUGGUGGUGGUGGUGGAAGCGGGGUCGGAUAUGGCCCGGUCGGUGGUUACGGAAGUGGAGAAGGAGGUGGUUCUGGUGGUGGUUAUGGUAGCGGGGGAUCGGGUUAUGGAGGUGGUGGCGGUGGUGGAAAUGGAGGUGGUGGUGGUUAUGGUGCAGGAGCAGCGAGUGGAGGAGGAUAUGGAAGCGGUGGAGGACAAGGAGGAGGCUCAGGGAGCGGAGGUGGAGGGCAUGGAGGCGGCGGAGGAGGUGGUUGGGGAGGUGGGUAUGGUAGUGGAGGAAAUGGUGGUGGAUAUGGAAGUGGCGGAGGAGAAGGAGGAGGCUCAGGGAGUGGAGCAGGAGGACAUGGAGGUGGCGGAGGAGGUGGCUCCGGCGGUGGCUAUGGUGGUGGAGGUGCACAAGGAGGAGGGUACGGAGGUGGCGGAGGGAGUGGAGGGGGUGGUGGAUAUUCACCUUAG